UGGGAUAAACUUUUUUGUGAUCGCUCAGUUUCCCUGUGUAUAGAUGCACUUUUUUUCUCUAGGGCCAGAAAUUGGGCUACAAAACUUGGUGGGGAGCUUUGGCAUUUUGGUGACCUUGUAACCAGACAAACCAGGGUGAAAGACAGUUUCAAAGAAACCACACUAGUAGUUGAAGAUGGCAACGCUCUUUUACAAAACAUUCAUGAGAAUAUCUCUCACAUGAUGAAACAGAAAGUGGAAGCGGUCAAGAGGAUCAUGGACCAAGCGGAACAAAUAGCUCAAGCACAGAAAGAGACAGACAUAGACUUUGAUUUCCCUUUUUAUAAUGCCAAGAAUUUGACGAAUUCGUUGGAAAAUUCUUCAGAAGACACUACAAGGGCUGAAACAGCUGUUGAUUUGCCCGAAGACCUUUCUUCUAGAAAUGAAGACUUGGAUCCUGAUCUGGAGGUAACCGAUGGAUCCGAAAAAAAUCCUCAAGCUAUCCUCAAGCCGCCCAUAGAUAAAUCUAGGUUACCUCUCGUCAGAAACAGAAAUUUCUAUGAUAUGAAUGUCAAUUUGAAUCACAGUGCAGUCCAUGUGCCAAGCAACGUGUAUGAGAGAUGUGAGUAUCAUAUUGAAAAUAGACAUCUAGAGGGGGCUGCGGGUACUAGAAAAUACAAAUACCUAAAUUAUUUANUCAUCCUCGUGGACAGAUCAGGCUCUAUGACAGGCAUGCGAAGAGAAAUAGCCAGACACGUGGUCCAUAACAUUCUAGACACUCUAGGCAACAACGAUUACGUCAAUAUAUACACAUUUAGUAACACUACGGAGCCUUUGGUCGAGUGUUUCGAUAGUCAACUAGUUCAGGCGAAUCUGGCGAACGUCAGGGUGUUCAAAGAGAGCAUGAGCGAAUUCAAGACUGAACAAAUAGCAAAUUUCUCGCUGGCUCUAAUAACUGCUUUCGAGCUACUGCAGGAAUACAGAGUAUCCAAAGAAGGUGCCAACUGUAACCAAGCCAUAAUGCUCGUUACCGAUGGGGUCCAAUAUAAUUUCAAAGAAAUCUUCGAAAAAUACAACUGGGAGAACUUACCUUUCAUGAAUGUGAGAGUUUUCACUUACCUAAUCGGAAGAGAGGUGUCGGAUGUCAGGGAAGUGAAGUGGAUGGCGUGUGCUAACCAAGGUUAUUAUGUUCAUCUCAGCACCUACGCCGAAGUGAGGGAAGAGGUUCUACACUACAUUCCUGUCAUGGCUAGACCAAUGGUUUUGAACGCCAACAAAAAACCUAAUCCAACAUGGAGCCCGGUUUACGCUGACGUCACAGAUCCUAAACUGACCAACUGGUUAUGGGUCAACCGGGAGAGAAACAGGCAAAGGGAAAGAUUCAUGGGCUAUCGAAAAUUGAAACACAUGCUGUCUACAGACCAAAUGGACAAAACGUUUGUUCAUCAGCAAAAAAUGAAACAAGACAACUAUGGUGAUACUCAGGUAUACCACCUUAUGACGUCGGUAUCGCUGCCUGUAUACGACAAAAGACCUCGCCAGAACAUAACCGAGCAAAUUCAAGUCAACGAAGCCAUAUGGAUAUCAGUCACUCGCGAGGAAAGGGUGGCGAACCUUCUAGGUGUUGCUGGUACGGAUAUUCCUAUAGAGCAGAUACAGAGACUAAUGUUGCCAUACAGGUUAGGGGUGAAUGGUUAUGCAUUCAUAGUAACCAAUAAUGGUUAUAUUUUGACGCAUCCUGAUCUGCGGCCUGUGUAUCAAGGCAUUUUAAAACCUGCCUAUAAUAGGGUGGAUGUUGUUGAGGUUGAAAUCCUUAAUGACGACUCCGAACCUCGAAACUUUAGUGAGGAAAUUCGAGAGUUCAGAAGGCAAAUUGUGAUGCAGAUCAAUGGGAGUGCUACUUUGAAGGUCAAGACCCAUAUUGAUGACAUGAGGCGUAUUGCCAUAUUGACCAAGAAUUAUUACUACAGGGGCAUAAACGGAACCCCUUUCAGUCUGGUCAUAGCACUCCCGCACAAAUAUGGCUUCAUUCGAGUUGAGCCAAAGGUGGAAAAUGACGUACACCGUUUGACGCUGUCGGGGGAGAAAUACCCACUGGUACGUUAUUUCACCGGGAAUUGGACCAUUCACCCAGAUUGGCAUUACUGUCGGUACCUGGACAAUAGAAAACAUUUUGAUAGUCCCGAAGAGGAGCUGCUGUAUUUUCUACAAAAAAUGGAGCGGUCGGGAUGGAAAUGGACAAAAGAAUGUGAUCGCAAACUUAUCUGCCAAAUAGUGUCCGAUGCCAAACUUACCAACUGGUUCAACGAAAAUAUCACCACCACCACCAAGGAAGAAAAUGGACCCAUGUCUAUAUUGAUGGCGUUGAUACCAAGAGCGGAACUGGUAAAAAAAAUUGGUGUUGUAGUGGCCUUCAUGGCCACUCACAGUGGCCUCACCAGAUGGCAGAAUUUUCCACAAAACAUCGAGAGUAUCGAUCAUGAACCUAAUUUCCGGAUCCUCCAUAAUAAAGCCAUCGACGAGAUUUGGUACAAGCGGGCAGUGGAACACCAUUAUGUGGACUCAAAUAACUUCGUUUAUUCUGUGCCACACUACAUAGGUAAUUCUAGCCAUAGCUUUGUCACUGUUAGCAGAGCUAUCUUCAAAGAAGAAGGGUCAAGGAAAGCACCAGUAGCUGUAGUGGGUUAUCAAUUCUACCAGAGUGCCUUACAGGCACUUUUUACAAAAAUAACUUCAAGCUGUGGUGAUAUGCCGUGCAAAAGAACUUGUGAUUCUGAGGAACUUCAUUGUCUGGUCCUCGACGAUAAUGGCUAUGUUAUCGUCAGCGAUGAUCCGCGGGAAACGGGAUUCUUCUUUGGCAGAAUACGGUCUGACAUUAUGGGACAAUUGGUAGAAGAGGGGAUAUACAAGGCGACGAGGAUGUACGACUACCAAGGGCUGUGCGCUGAGCCUCAGGAUGGAUCUAGUCCAGCAACAAAGCUGUUUACGCCAAUAAUCCAUCUCUCCGAACUCUUCAACUGGUUUGUUGGCAGUCUCAUCUUCCUUGUAAGAUCAACACUUGGUAACCAUCACUUCGAGUCAAUGUCAGGUGCGGAACACUACCCGGAAACCCACUACGAGAUGACGGACGAACGCGAGUACGAACACAAUCACGAACACGAUCACUUUGAAGACGCUGAGAUGCCAUUGAGUGACAAGGAAUUCGUCCAGAAGUUUGCAAUCACAAAAACGAAGCCUGAGCCGUGUGACACGCAAAUGUCGUUAUAUUCGCUGGUUCAUUAUUCGGAGAGGAAUAUUUCCAACAGCGCUUACAACAAAUCCAUGGUGGAAUGUUCGAGGCCGUUCAUUGUCCAAAAGGUGUCAGACAGCAACAUGAUCCUGUUGGUGAUUACAAAAGUCUGUUGGGAGGACAAGAAUGUAGUCGUCGACUCUCCAGACCCCAUAGAAGUGGACUACAACAUGACUUUGGCAUGCUUUAGAGCUGCCCAUAAUGACUUCCCAAGAAGGCAUUACAUGAGCUGUAUAAACAAGCAUGCCAACGAAAGCGAGAUAAAGCUAUGCGGGAAGGGGUACAACACAUCGCCAUCUUUCAUUCUAGCAGUUUUGUCGCUCAUAUCAUACCUUUUACUAUUGUAGAGCGUAGGUUAGUUUAGGUAAAAUUUCAAUAUCUGUGAUAUACUUGGUAUUCUCAAGGGUAAUCUGAUAUGCUGUGUAAGUUUCUAUAUCAAAUUUAUCAUAAGGAGGUAAUUUUAGUCGUGUGUAUUUCCUGUUGAAAUCCUACUCGUUGUGUUGUUUUAUUUUACUCAACAUUCCAUAUAUUUUAUGUAAUCAUGUUCGAAAUAUAAUUUUUUCUCUU